CACGUUCCCCAAAUGCUUUGUGUUGUCAUUUUCAUUAGUGCGUGAGCAGUUCCAGCGUGAAAAGCAGUGCAGUGUUAAAGAAGAGUUGGCCUGCACGACGUCGGUGCUUUGGCGAGCCUUUUGUUCGCGUUUUUGCAGUUAUUAGCCCGAAUUCCCUUUCCGAUUCGCGUCGUGAGACGAAGGCGGUGGUUUUUACAUGUUUGCGAAUAUGAGGGAAAGGGAGGAUUUUUUGAGGGGCCUACCUUCGGGUCAGCCGAGCCAAGGACCCUCGCCUGGGGCCCCAGGACUUGACGCUUUGCACAAUCUUUGCAGGGAGAUUUAUCCUGAGCAGAGUAACCCGCUAACCGUUACGGCGAUCGUCAAAUACUGGUUGGGUGGGCCAGAUCCACUAGACUACAUUAGCAUGUACGAGAACCCUGGAUACCCUGAGCUUGGGGUACCACCCCACUGGCACUACGUUAGCCUGGGCUUGUCCGAUUUGCACGGCGAUGGACGAUUGCAUCCAAAAAGCGGGCCAGGUUGCCCAAGCGGAUUUGGAUUUGAGCUGACAUUCAGGCUGGUUAGGAAAAGAGGAGAAACCACGCCGCCGACAUGGCCUGCAAACGUGAUGCAGCAGCUAGCCAAGUACGUGUUUAAUUCCGGAAAUAUGCUACUGCCUGGUGACCACGUGUCGUGGCACGCCCCUCUCGACAAUGCCAAUGGAAAAAUAACGCAGAUACUCAUGGGGCGAGAUCCGCAGUUACCAACUUCGGCGUCGACACCUCACGGAGAGGUUACUUUCGUACAAAUAGUCGGUGUUACUUCGGAAGAACUGCAGGCGGCGCAACAUUGGAACGGAUUAGGUGUCGUAAACCUUCUUAAAACAACCAGGAGUUAUGGACCUUGGCUAGUGACUGAUAUGGCAAGGACAUAUUCAGUUAUGGAGGAAGAUCCCUCUCUCGCUGAGAGAAUACAGUGCGGCAUAGAGAGAGAGGGAUCGAAUCUAAGCGGAGUAUCCGCAAAGUGCUGGUGGGUACAAAUGGCCAGUGAGAGAAGCACUGAAAAAUAUCGAGAGCCCCGGAAUGACUCCGAAGACGACGACGACGACGACGGUGAAGACGUCAAGCCAACAAUAAAAACCGAACGAUUGUCACCCUGUGAAAACAGUGGAAAUUUCGACGAGGAAAAUGGCGUAAGGACUUUACCAGGAAUACAUUUAACUUUCAACUUGGAGGCUGGUGGUCUCUUGCCCCUGGCGAUAAAGGGUCGCGUAAUGCACGGUAGGCAUUUCACAUUCAAAUCUAUAUUGUCUCAUGCUGCGGUCACAAUAGUUGCUCCUUCGGUGACUGGCACUUUGGUGACUGAAGAAAAGCCAUACGUAGUACAAGGGCCUUGGUUGCAAGUCCUGCUUUCUGAAGAUCUGGCCGAAAAAAUGGCACAGGAAUUUCAGAUUUUGAAUUCACCUGAACAACUUGAACUUCCAAAAACGUUCUCCUGGCCAGAGUAUAAGUUGGCCGUCACUAUUGUGAAUGAUUGAUCGAGUCGGAAGAAUUUUCUAAUAUAAUUUAAUGGUAUAGCGAAUAUCCAUCAUCUAAUUAUAUCAUACUGUUAUUAUUUAUGAAACGUAAUCGAGUAUCGCGUUUUCCCAAGUAUGAUAAGUACAUAAUUGUUUCAUUAUACCGUUUAUCCAAGUAUUAUCUCUUUAUUAUUAGUUCGUGCAAAUUUAUUUAUUUUUUACGUAACGAAUACGCAUCUAGAAAUUUAUCCAUUUACAAUAGCACCUAAUUUAUAAAUAAAGAUAGUAAAAGAAUAAUUAUUGCUAUCGUCGUAUAGGUAUGUUUAAAAAAAAAUGAGCGUGUUACAUAUCAAAACCAAUUG